AUGAGCUGUGGCACUAAGUCUUCAACUAGUAUUAAAAUUGGUGGUGGAGGCAGUGGUGGUGGUGGUGGCGGUGGUGGUGGGGGAGCAUGUGGUGGUGGAGGUGGUGGAGGAAGUGUCAGCAGUGGAGUACGUAAGUCUGGUGGGUACUCCUCAGUCUCCAGUAGAAGGUACACCUCUUCUGGAGGAAGUGGAGGCUUUUCUGGGAGAAGCUUUGGUGGAGGAGGUUCCAGGAGCAGCUAUGGAGGGGGAUUUAGCAGUGGUAGUUGUGGAAGGAUUAGCCGCAGUACCUAUGGUGGGAGAAUGAGUGGUGGUAGUUUUGGAGGAGGAAUGGGCUGCGGAAGUAUAGGAGGAGGCUUUGGAUCAGGUGGAGGUGGCUUUGGAGGUGGUUAUGGAAGUAGCCUUGGUGGAGGUGGUUUUGGUGGUGGUGGAUAUAGUGGAGGUGGAUUUAGCAGCUUUGGGGGUAGUGGUGGCUUUAGUAGUGGUAGCUAUGGAGGAGGCAGCUUUGGUGGAAUAGGGUUUGGUGAAGAUGCCGGAUUGCUCUCCACAAACGAAAAGCUGACCAUGCAGAACCUUAAUGACCGCCUGGCUUCCUACCUGGAUAAAGUACGGGGCUUGGAAGAAGAAAAUGCUCACCUUGAACGUCUGAUCAGGGAGUGGUAUCAAAAGCAAGGUCCCACUGGCACCAGGGACUACAGCCAAUAUUACAGAACAAUUGAAGAACUGCAAAACCAGAUUGUUAAUGCAAGUGUGGACCUUAACAAGAUCCUUCUUGACAUUGACAACACCAGGAUGACUGUGGAUGACUUCAGACUGAAGUAUGAAACUGAGUAUACUCUCCACCAGAGUGUGGCAAGUGAUAUUAAUGGAUUACGUCCACUUUUGGAUCAACUGACUCUAGCCAGAUCUGACCUGGAGACACAGUUUGAAUCCCUAAAAGAGGAACUGAUCUAUCUUAAGAGGAACCAUGAAGAGGAAAUGAGGGGACUGCAAACACAAUCUGGUGGUGAUGUCAAUGUUGAGGUCAAUGCUACUCCUGGCAUUAAUUUGAUGGAAAAAUUAAAUGAAAUGCGUUGUGAAUAUGAACGGCUUAUUGAGAACAACCGGAGAGAGGUGGAAAGUUGGUAUGAAACCAAGAUGGAAGAAGUUAAUCAGCAAGUACACUCAAGUGGCCAGGAAAUACAGUCUAGCAACCAACAGAUCUCUGAGCUGCGACGUGAAUAUCAGAGCCUGGAAAUUGAACUGCAGUCACAAAUCAGCCUGGUACAGUCUUUGCAAACCAACUUGGAAGACACAGAGCGCCGCUACAACAUGCAGCUGCAGCAGAUCCAGAGUAUGAUCGGCCCCUUGGAGGAGGAGCUGGCCAGCAUCCGGUGCGAGAUGGAGAGCCAGAACGAAGAGUACAAGAUGCUCCUGGGCAUCAAGACCCGCCUGGAACAGGAGAUUGCUCAGUACCGGGCACUGCUUGAGGAAGGGCAACACGACCUAGUCAUCCCAGGAGGAGGAAUAGGAGGAGGAAUAGGAGGAGGUAGAAUAGGAGGUGGUGGUUAUUCUGGAGGAGGAAGAGGAGGAGGAAGUGUUGGUAUAAGUGGUGGAUAUGGAGGAGGUGGCAUUUCUUCCGGCAGUGGAUUGGGAGGAGGAGGUGGUGGAGGAGGAAUGGGAGGAGGAGGAAUAGUAGGGGGAAGUGGAGGAGUAGGAGGAGGAAGUGGGGGAAUAGGAGGAGGAAGUGGGGGAGGAUCAUGUGGAGCAGGAGGAGGAGGAGGAAGGAUCUCAGGAGGCAUCAGCAGUUCCCACUCCUACUCUUCAUCUUCCCAGUCUCAGUCAUGCGGUGGUGGAAGCCAAGGGUAUGGAAGAAAGUCUUUUGACUAA